GCGACGUCAAAAGAAUUAUUAGGCCCUAGCAUAUUGCGUAGUUUUGAAUCUUCAAUAAUCAAUUAAAUUCUUACAUAUAACUGUAAAGUUACUUAAAAUAAUGCCGUAUAAUUUGUAUUUUUGUUUUGUAUACGACUUAUGUAUUAUUAAUAGAGUGUGUCACGAUAUCAACGUUUUAAAAUGAAAAUAGGUUUAUAAAUAUUAACCAAAUGUGUUUAACGUGGCUUACGCCUAGUCAAAGACUGGAGCUCAGCCUCACUGUUGUUACCGGUGUUGCGUUGCCUCGUCGGGGAGACUUCACAAUGGGCCGUUAAGCGAUUCACAGCAUACGGAUUGUCGUUGCUCGAGGGGAAGGCGACAAGGCAAGCUGGGAAUUUAAAGACAUACAUAAUAAAGAUAACAUUUUCAAGAUCGUUGCUCUACCCUCAACAAAUGAAACCCAUCUCGCUAUUGUGCUAACAAAAACAGUGAAUGGCUACUUCGAAAUCCUUUGGAAAGCCAUCAAGCACAACCCAGGGUCGGACCAAAUAAAAGACUUGGAUCACUGCAAGAAUAAAUUCCAGUGUCUUUUGCCUGGAAUGCCUUUUAUAAAUGUAGAGGUGGUUAUACAUAGAAUUAACGGCAAAGUCCGACACACCAGGACUGUAGACAUUGGAUCUCUUCAUGAAGCUCAUAAAGCUGGCAACACUGGGAUGACAGCAAACCUUGUGGAGCCUGGUGGAGAAAAGAGACAGAGAGAACUGGAGCCAGACAUCCAAUCCAUUGGCAAGCGCUUACGCAGAGGUGUCUUGGCCCCCCCUGAAAGGAUAUUAGGAACGCCUCCUGCUGGAGACAGAAUGAGGGGGAUCACGGUGCCGGGGCUGCGGGAGGAGGACCUUUUAUAUCACAGUAGAAGAGAUGACGAGAGCAGCUCCAAUCCAAGCAUAGUUGUAAGGAGUAGUUUGAAUUGUGGGGUAAGCCUUUGUCUUAAUGGUGGAACUUGCGUCCCAAACCCAGUGAGCUCGUUGGGAUUUUUUUGCAUGUGCAUUCCAAGCAGAGCUGGAGAAUUCUGUGAGAAAUCUGUUGGAGGUGUCAUCAGCUAUUCUGCCCUAGCUCUUAUCAUUACGGGGGUCAUUCUCAUAUUGAUUUUGGUCCUUGUGUCAUGCUGUGCUAUUUUUGGUCUGUACAUCAAGGAAAGGGAUCGUCUGAUCAGAUCUUUAAUGGAGAAAGGAUCUGCCCUUGGUUUCUGCUCAGGUGAACGCCCCACAUCUCAGCCACUGAACCCUGUCUCCCAGUCACACCUUCGUGAGCAUCAGGAGUACUCAAAACAAAGCGGAAGAUCAUCCAAUGCUCCAGCAAGCAAACCAAAUGCACAACCAGCAACCUCUUCAGUCAUACAGAGUUACAAACCGUCUACUGCAACACCCAGCUCUGCCAAACAGCCCAUGCCAGGCACAAAUACAGAAAUGGCUUCUCAGUGGCAAAAAGCAGGUACGCAAACUUACAGGCUACCUGGUUUUCAUGGAAUGUCAACAGUCAGAAAGGUAAUGCCACAAGAGCCCUCUGAUGAUAACUGGAGUUCAAGUGACUUGGGGACUGCUCCUGAAAGAACAAUUCCUACCUGUAGGGCAAUCAAAGACAGCAGCAAUUCUGCAAAAACUUCCAAUGAUUUUCAGGAAAUGGAAAGCGAGAGGGAGGUUGAAGACCACAGCCCACAUCUGAGGUCAUCAUCCAGUCCUGUGACCUAUGAGAAGCUGAUGAACUUGAUGCACACCUACUUUGAAGCCAUCAACACGUCAGACCCAGUCUCUCCAGCAGAGCCCAGCAUGGUCAGUCCACCAGGAGCAAAGAGCUGCAGGGCCAAUUCACCAAACUUGCAGAGCUUCAAUGCAUCUGCAAAAGGAUCAGACAGCACCGCCUCGCAGUGUGGGUCUGCUCAUUCCUCACCCAAUAGCCCUGUCAUUAACUGGCCUGUCUUAGAUUCAGGACGGCACUACGAGCACAUUGCACACUGCACGUGGAGCGACAGUGAUGAGGAAUCAGAAAAUUAAUUGCUAUUGCCAUGACCCUGGUGUUUUAUAAGAUAGUGAAUUUGCUUUUAUUAGCUAUUAAGAGAGAGAAAUAAAAGAUCAUAAACUUAAGUCUGUAUCUUUCUUCUGACAGCCAUUUGGGUCCAGAUCCAUAUCUUGUAGUAUUUGGAUAUGGAUAAUUAAAAACCCAUCACCACUUUCAUUAAAAAAAGCAAAACUUUUAAAAUAGGGGGCCAAGUUAGACCCAGUUAUUUUAAUUAUCUUUUGCUUAGACCUUUUUUUUUAUAUACAUCAAAUGAUACCUUUAUAACAUGUGUUGUUG